AUGGCCUCCGACCUGGAACGCCUAGAACGGCUUGAACAGAGCAUCACCCAACUCCUCUACUCCAUCGACGGCAGUUUCGCCGCUUCACACCGCAUCAUCACCGCCAGCAUCCUACCCAUCGUCGAACAGUAUGCAGAACACAGCGCAGGAGUCUGGCAGCACGCAAAGUUCUGGAAGGAAUUCUUUGAACAAAGUGCCAGUGUCACUGUCUCUGGCUAUGUCGAGACACCAGGCGAGUACUACGAUGGAUCACCUCAAGACGCGUCCAUGCUCGACCAUGAAGAGACGCGUCGUACACCGAUCGCCCACAACAGGUCUGGCAACGCGACUGCACAAAGUCCGCUGGAUCUCACUGGAGAGGAAGACUCAAGACGCGCGUCAGAUGAGUUUGAGUCGCGUCUCGAGCUGCAGACACCGUUGCGGCAUGCAGUCGAUUUGACCACUUCAUCACCAGGCUCAGCGCCAGAGGGACUGCACCAAGAGCAAGACGAAUCAUCAACACCGACUGGUUCGCCAUCGUACUAUAAAGAGGCGACACCCAUGACGGGCAAGUCGACCUCCAAACGGCAAGACAAGCUGCUUCAUCGCGUGCUAGACACAAACUGGCGCGUCCAGGCCACGCCACUCAAGAGCAUUUACCACAGCACAUCACCCAUCGAUAGUCCGCAUCUCAGCAGGGAUGUGGGUCGCAUGUCGCUGACUGAUAAUGCGCGAAGUGGGCGGUACGAUGACAUGGACGAUGAUGUUUCCAGCAUGGGACAAGCAUCGCCUCCCGUCACCAUGGCCUUCUCCCUGCCUCCCUCCAAGCUACUGCGGACACCAGCCAAGGAAGCUGCACGCCAUAUGUCUACCGAGUCACGUCGGUGGCAGUUUAGCGGAUAG